UCUCACAUAAAUGCGCUCCCACCACCGACCGUGGCAGAUAAUCACAGGCCACUGCGAGGGGGACACACCUUCCGCUGAUUUUGCCUCAGUGUUGCACGGGGGAUGCGUUUUGACUCACAAAAAAAGUCCAGAUCUCCUGAGUCGUGUUUUGGCGGUUUAGUUUUUCAUUAUUUUUUUCUUUAUUUUUGCGCAUAGGUUUCCAGGCUGCUCCGCACUCAAGAUGACUGGGGUGUUUGAGAACUUAAACACUGAUAUGCAUUCGAACCAGAUUACCUCAAACAGUUACCACAGCUUGCACAAAUCGCAGGAGUCUCCGACUCUGCCGGUGUCCACAGCCACGGACAGCAGCUUUUACAACAGCCAGCAGCCCGGGCACUGCGCCGGGUCCCCAUUCGGGCAGCUCAGCUCCUACCAGUACCACGGCAGCGCGGCGGGCUCGGUGCCAUACAACGCAAAGUCUUUCGACUUAGGUUACAACUCCUCGUAUGGUGCGUACAGCUCUUAUGGCUCCAACCCCUCUCCAACUCCAGCCGAAACAGAGAAAGAAGAGAGCGAGCCAGAAAUCCGGAUGGUUAAUGGAAAACCAAAGAAGGUCAGGAAACCUCGAACCAUUUAUUCCAGCUUCCAACUGGCUGCACUGCAACGGAGGUUUCAAAAGACGCAGUACUUGGCUCUGCCAGAACGGGCCGAGCUGGCCGCCUCGCUGGGCCUUACGCAAACACAGGUCAAAAUCUGGUUCCAAAACCGCCGCUCCAAGUUCAAAAAGCUGUGGAAAAGCGGAGAAAUCCCCCCGGAGCAGCAUGUUACUUCCAGCGAAUCUCCUCCUUGCACGUCUCCGCCAACUACUUCCUGGGACUUUCCACAGACUCAAAGAAUGAACAGUGUCAACUCGAGUUUACCUCAUAGCACCAGCCCUUCCAACACGACUGCGCCUUCGUCGUUUUUGGCAAACUACUCCUGGUAUUCAACCACGAACUCUACGACGCAUCUCCAGCCUCCUCUGGUCCAGCACCACCACAACUCAGCCAUAAGCGCUGGGACGAUAUUCUGAAGUGAAGAAACAAAAACGAGGGUCUAAAUUGGACAGUAUUGUUGAAAAUAAUAAAAAUAAGUCAUGCCAACACCUUCAUUUUUAGACCUUGUGGGCUUUUGCGCACAAAAAUCUAGAAAAACCGAUGGAAUGAAACAGGUUCUUACUCACGUUUGGCACGUGAUAGACGCAGAUUUCUACAGUUAUUUUUGUAUUUAUUUAUUUUGUUUAUGUGAGGAAUGGAUGAACCACUGUUUACCCAAAGCAAUCACAGCGUGCGUGCGCGUAAGCUUGCGCAGACGUCACUUUUUCUGCCAUUCCUGCAAAACGAAACAUUGACUUCAGGAUAACCAGAUGUAGCACAAGUUAACUGUAUCGUGCCUUUUUCAAUAUGACCUCAUUUUGUUGUGCAGAACAAAAAGCGAACUGCUCAUCUUUAUUCAGUCCUCAUAUAGUUGGUUUGAAUAUAAUAAGAGUCUGGAUUCACGUUUGUAAAUAUUCCACCACAGCCUUUACACAGCCCAUGUUGACCACCGUACAAGCUACUGAUUGUCCCACUCUCUGAUUUCGUGUGUAUUCCAUUUAAUUGUAUUUUUUCCUUGUCUUAUUUAUUUUAGCAGUGUUUCCAUAUGACCAGACGUUAUUUAAAUAAAAUGUUUUCUGUGAUUUUA